AAGCCACACCCAGUACUGACAGAAUAAAUAGCAAGAUUUGGGGUUGGCCAUCAGAGCCACCCCUCCCCUCACCAUGAAGUCCAGCAGCCUCUUCCUCCUUGUGCUUCUUGCCUUAGGAACCCUGGCACCUUGGGCUGUGGAAGGUGAUGGAAAGUCUUUUAAAGCUGGAGUCUGCCCUUACAGAAGACCUGCGCAGUGCUUCGCACCUGAGAAGCCCGAGUGCCACAGUGACUGGCAGUGUCCAGGGAAGAAGAAAUGUUGCCCUGAUAUUUGUGGAAUCAAAUGUCUGGAACCUGUUAACAUCUGGAAACCAGGUAGGAAGCCUGGGAGGUGCCCGGUGGUCUUGGGCCAAUGUAUGAUGCUGCACCCCCCCAAUCACUGUGAGGCAGAUGGCCAGUGCCAGGGGGACCUCAAGUGCUGCAAGGGCUUGUGUGGGAAAGUUUGUGUGUCCCCUGCGAGAGCCUGAUUUUGCCAUUCGGAAGAGGCUCUGGAUCCCUGCUGCAUGGUCUGGGAAUUCCCUUUUCUGCUCCUAGACUAGGAUAGCUGGGGGGUUCCAUGGUGCAGGCCUGGGUCUGCCACCGAUCUCUCCUUUGGUGAAAGGCUUGGCACACAGUAGGCUUCUAGGCAAUGCCUGUUGAAUGGUGAAUGAUUAAAUGAGCACUUUUUUCCCGUA